UCUUACCUACAAGAAGUUCUCUUUACUAUACUUCGCGGAAGCGAGUGUGUUUCUCAGAAAGUCGAUGUAAUUGAUUGCUCGUUUGAAAGUCAAAAUGAGUGCUGCCAUGCUUUGUGAAUCAAUCUGGAUCGACAGGCCUAAAUAUGAAGAAGCAGAGGCACACUACCAAAGAUUUCUCUCGGGAGCUGUCGGCGGAUCACAUGGCUUAGAGAAAAAGGGUUCAAGCUUUUCUCCAGUCCAAGAGAUAGCAAAUGCCCGUAAAAAAAUCCAACAGACUCUAAACACGGCACCAACUUCCACAAUGGCUUCUGCUGGAGGAGAUAAUCGCAUUGCUCAGUUAGAGGAGGAAAACCGUGAACUUAAGAAAGUCACUGAAGAAUUAAGGACUGCCCUUCUGAAGCUCACACUGCGAGUUGAUCAACUUGAAAAAG